CGCCUGCUCUCCUCCAAAAGUGAAAGUAGGCUAAAGUAAAUCUGUCGAGAACAAGGCGUUGGAGUGCGGGAUUUUUUUCAAAUCCACAAAAAAAUUACACUGAGCCGAAACUGACUUCAAAUCUAUAUAUCUCAACUUGUAUUCCCUUAAUCCAUAAUGUCUGGUUUAUAGGCUACCUUGAAUUGCGUGAAGGAAAUUUCGCUCUGAAGAUCCAACAGGAGAAUGGGUGCGCUGAUGAUGCAUGUGUGCCUUGUGGCUGCUCUUGGUGCAUAUUUGUGUACUGCUGCCCCUGUUUUAGGUGGCCUUCAGGUUUUUGUCACGCCCAUUGUCUCAGUGCGCCGCGGCCACACAACCACAUUACCAUGCUGGCUCAAUCCACCAGAAAGUGCAGAGGGUUUAGAGGUACGUUGGUUCCGUCCUGAUCAAUUCGACUCCCCGAUCAUGUUUUACCAAAAAAAAAAGUUUCAGGAUUCAUCCCAGAAAGCUUCGUACGUGGGCCGAGUCUCAUUUGGCUUAAAGGAUGCAGCGUCUGGUGGGCUGACAACAGGUGAUUUGAGCCUGAAGCUAGAAAAUGCCAUGAUUGAGGAUGCAGGAGAUUACACUUGUUACGUCAGCAGUGAUCAGGGUUAUGACCGUGCAAGUGCUAGUCUCAUUGUGACAGAAAUGGGAACAUCCCCUCUUCUGUCAGCAGAGUGGAAAGAAGAUCACAUGGUGAAUCUGAGCUGUGAGUCUGUAGGCUGGUAUCCAGAGCCUAGUCUGCGCUGGUCGGAUCAGAAGCAGGUUCUUACCCCAGAAAGCCUGAAGAACAGCAAAGACUCUUCUGGUCUUCUCUCAGUCCACAGCUGGCUUCUUGUCUCCAGUUCCACUGAGGUUUCCUGCACAGUAGGUGUCUCUAAUGAAGAGUCAAAGGAGGCAAGAGUGCAUCUGGAAAACCACCCUCAACCUGAGUUCAUCCAGUCAUCCAGUUCAUCAGUGGCUGGAUGGGUGGCCUUUGCUCUACUCCUCAUAGCCAUGUUAGUGUUACUUGGAGUCCUGUGCUACAAAAAAGAGAGAGAAGAAAAAGAAAUCAGGAAAUCCGCACACAAUCAUGCACUUUUACCAAAAGAAGUGCUAUCAACAGCUACCGAGUUUUAUGUUAAUGUUACACUUGACCAGAAUCCAACAAAUCAGUAUCUCAGAAUCAAGGAUGGUAUACUGAGAGACGCCCAGGGUCCUUUUCCUGAUGAAGAAAAGGUUACCUGUCUCACAGCUAUCAAAGGAACACCUGGCUUCUCUUCUGGACAACACUACUGGGAAGUUUCUAUGGGGAAAAAAGAUCCUAAUGUAGGUCUCAAAAUGUCCUGGUGGGUAGGAGUUACAAGUGCAAAGGUCAUCCCUCGGAGGUUAGAUUUUUCUCCAAAUACAUCUAACGGUUUCUGGUUCCUGUCCUCUUCCCCUGACAGAUCAGAUAGCUUUCAGUUUAGCACAGAACCCGAGGUUUCACUGCCUGUCCGUUCCAGACCGCUGACGGUUGGUGUGUAUUUGAAUUAUGACGGAGGAGAGCUUUCCUUUUAUAAUGUGGACGAUAAGAGUCUCAUUGGCAGUUUAAACGCUACUUUUACUGGUGAAGUUUUUCCAUUUUUCAACCCAGGUAAAGGUGACAAAGCAGCUAUGGAAAUAUUACAGAAGGACAGAAAAGGGGACCCUGUAGAUUUACCGCCACAAGAGACUUAAUAUCAUCAAUACCCACUGCUCUAAGCAAGCAAUAUGAAAACCUGUAGGAUCUGUUUUAUGUUUUAGCACUGUAGUUGUAUCAUGUAUUGAAUUGAGUGAGUUUUAGUGUUUUUACUUUAUGGUUUUUAUUUAGUUCAGGGAAGUCUGUUGAGUGACUGAAAUGGGUGACCACCCAACAUUUGUAAACCAGUCAUGUUAAAGCUGAAAUGGUGCUCGUCAUACUAGCUCAAACCCCAUACUGAAUCUGCAUGGGACUGACAACAUAUUAUACCAAUUUUUAUGAUAAUCCUAAUGCUUUUUUUAAGCUGUGAGAAGUGACAAUACUCAAUUAUGAGUAUUCUGAGUAUGCUUGCUCAUAUAUAUGAGUAAAUAUACCAUUAAAUGAAUAGUUUGACAAUUUGAGAAAAUGCACAUAUUUGCUUUCUUGCCGAAAAUUACAUGAGCAGAUUGGUACUAUCAUCUGAGAGCCGUAUCAAUCUUCUCAUCUAACUCUGCAAAAAACAAAAGUAGGCAUAUUUCCCAAAACUACUGCAUUAAGUGACUUUUAUUUACUUAGUUGUAGUGAUAGCCUCGUGGUUAAGACGCAUACGUGGCUAAGACGGAUAAUGUAGCUCUCCUGCCUUUGGCAAACUUUGUGUCAGUAUGGAUUUUCAUUUAUGUGCUACUAUACAUUUAUACACUAUGAGUAGAAAUACACUAACAUUUAUUCUAAUUUCACACUAAUUAGAAUGUGUAUAUCACAAGUUAUCAUUGCUUGCCUGUGCUGCCUUUGAAAUAGCUAAUAUUGUGACUCUUUUUGGUGUUUAAGUAAAUGUUUUGAACAGUUUAAUUUACAUGUAGUAUUAUUAUUAUUAUUAUAAUUAUUAUUAAUAAUACACCACAAACAGAAAUAUUACAGGGGUGCUUAUUUAGGUUCCAAAGGGUGAGAAGACUACAAGCCAGACUAAAAAAAGAUGCUUUGUGCAAUCUUUAAUCUUAUUGGUCUUGGAUAAAGAACUGUUGGUGGAUUUGAGCUUAUUUAGGACACAGCAGGUUCCUACCUGAGUAGGACUGUGAAAUGACCAGUGGUGAAGUAUUCAGAUCAUUCCUUAAGUUAAAAAAUGUUUGCUGUGACUAUUAUAUCAUUAAUGCAAAUAUUAUGCAUUAAUGUAAAAGAACGAGUUUACUGAUGUAGUUGGUUGCGGUAGAGCUCAUUUUAAACUAUUCAUUCAUAUUUUUAUUAUUGAUUAAUCUGCUCAUUAUUGAUUGCUAAUGAAUGUUUGGUUUGUAAAAGAUUGUGCGAAAUGCCGUCACAAUUACCCAGAGCCCUUCACAAUGUUUGUUUUGUCCAACCAACUGUCCAAACCUUAACACUAUUAUUAAAAUAGAAAGUAUUGAAAUGUUUUUGCAUUAAAAAUGAUUGCAUACAUUUGAUGUCAAUCAGUUUCAGCUGUACUUAUGUAAACAGUUUAAUUAUGACAAAACAUUUUAUAAGGUUUUCAUGAUUUUUAUGGGAUUUUUUUUUAAAGUAACUUAAGCUGUCUAGAAGAAAAUGAAUGACCUACCUUUUUCACCGAUCAAGUACUUGCUGUUCUUAAUGACAUUUGUACUGUGCUAAAACUAUUUUACCUAACUAACAAACUGUUAGCGUAUCCUGAUUUAAAUGAAGUCUGUCUGCCUUUUGUCUUAACGUAGUGUCAACAUUAAGCAUUUUAUUUUGAUCAGUGAGACCUUUUGUUUAGAGCCUCAGUCGGCUCCAGCUUUUGUUUUUCAAUAGUUUGAGCAGACGGUCUUGGGUCUAUGCAAAUCUACUCAGACAGUUUAUACCUUUGGUAUAUUGUUGUACAGAAUGGCAUUCAUACUGUUUGUGAAUGUCUUUCCAAUGAUUGAUGUUAAAAUGUCAACUUAUUCUAUAAUGUGUGUACGCUUAGUAACUGGCAGCUUUUUGAAUAAACUCAACCAAUAUGGGAUCCUG